UUUGCCGCCCGCCUGUUGGACAUCUGCGCUCCUCAUGGUCUUCAGCUCCAGACCAGAGAGAAAUUCUUGGAGACAAGAUCAAAAUACAUUGCCACCUAUAAAACACCCCCUCUUCUGUGGGGAGAAAGUAAUUUUUUUAUCUCAACCCUCUGAAGUCAUUGAUCUUUAGUCUUUGUUUUCUCAAUUUCUUGAGCUCACUUUGGUCACACCCACACUCCAGUCUGAGUACUUUGGCAAGUUUUUGGUGUCUGGAAGCCACUGUUUGGAGUGAGAAUUUCUGGUUGAAGGUUUUCAGAGAAGGCUGUGAUCUCAGCAGGUGACCGGUCUCUGCCCUCUCAGCCAGGUCUGGGUAGUGAGGUCACCAUGUCCACCAAGGUGCCCAUCUAUCUGAAGCGUGGCAGCCGCAAGGGCAAGAAGGAGAAGCUUCGUGACCUGCUGUCCUCAGAUAUGAUCAGCCCGCCGCUGGGGGACUUCCGCCACACCAUUCACAUCGGCAGUGGUGGUGGCAGCGACAUGUUCGGUGACAUCUCCUUCCUGCAGGGCAAGUUCCACCUCCUGCCUGGGACAGUAGUCGAGGGGCCUGAGGAGGAUGGCACCUUCGACCUGCCCUUCCAGUUCACACGCACUGCCACCAUGUGUGGGCGGGAGCUCCCCGAUGGCCCAUCCCCUCUACUUAAGAACGCCAUCUCCCUGCCGGUCAUUGGGGGGCCCCAGGCCCUCACCCUGCCCACAGCCCAGGCUCCCCCCAAGCCCCCUCGCCUGCACCUGGAGACCCCUCAGGCCUCCCCACAUCCUUCCCCGCAAGAGGCUGGGAGCAUGGACAUCUGGAGGAUUCCAGAGACUGGCUCACACCACAAUGGGCUGACCCCAGAGACAGAUGCUAAGGAUCCCUUCUUGUCUCAUGCCAGCUCCCUACUGUCCCUGCACGUGGACCUGGGGCCUUCCAUCCUGGAUGAUGUCCUCCAGAUCAUGGAUCAGGACCUGGACCGCGUGCAGAUCCCCACAUAGGGUUUGCCCUGACCCACUCGGUGCCCAGGCUGGGUUGAUGUUAGGGAGGCACGUUGUAGACACGGCCCUGGCCUAGGAGUCAGGAUCCCUAGGUUCCACCUGUGUGGUCACUGGCCAGUAUUGUUGUUUUGAGCCUUUGCUUUCCUCCCUCCCAUCUUCACCCCAAUGAACAGAAUGUGCCUCAUUGUUGUCUCCUAACAACCCCCAAGGAUACAUGUGGAAGUCAGCCCAGAGUGCCCUGGGCAUCUUGGACCACCUGAAGGCCCCCCACUGACUGCUUCCCUCGGGUCCCUCGGAUGAAGGCUCUGCUGAGAUGGACUUCCCUUUUCCCUCCCUUCUGCCUCAGCCCCAUUCAGUACCCUGAUUGGGGGCCACGGAAGAAGCAGGGCACAGCCAGCAGAGGCUGGGGCAGUGGGUAGGCUGUUCCAGACUUUUGGCUUUGUCCUGGACUGGGAGUAUGGUGUCAGUGACCAGAUGUGUCACACCUUGUCCACUGAUCCAUCCCUUCCCUACAUGGCCAGGGAUUCUGGUUGCAAUAAAACAUGCUGCUGCUGGUGGC